GAGCACACGCAGAUCCAACUGCUCCAGCAUCAGGCAUAUGCCUGAGGCUGCCUAUACUGUAGAUAGAAGUCUUUUGCCUGCAUUUAUUUUGCUGCUGCUGCUGCUGCUGAAAAUUAACGCAUGACUGAAAUGACCGUGCAGAGUGAAGUUCCUCAUAAAGAAGGAGCUCGAAAUCGGCUUCACAUCCUGCCCGUCCUUUGAUUAGCAGAGUUGGUCCAGGGCCAUGAAUGAGCUGGUGGCCCCUGGACUGCCCCCUCAGUCUCCCAUAGCCUUGAAGGGUUAUGGAUUCAUUGAAUUCGGCGAAGACGACCAGGGAGCCAGGAGUCCCACGGCCAGAAGGUCUAUUGUCGCCGUUGCAGUGCUGUGCUACCUUAACCUGGUGAAUUACAUGGACUGGUUUCUUGUCCCAGGGGUGCUUCAACACGUACAGACCUACUUCAAACUACGAGACAGCAGCGCAGGCUUGUUACACACAGUUUUUAUUAUCUGUUUCUUGGUGGCGGCCCCUCUUUUUGGAUAUCUCGGUGACAGAUACAACCGCAAAAUCAUCCUGAGUGCUGGGGUAAUCCUCUGGUCAGGCGUAACCCUCGCCAGCUCAUUCAUCCCUGAAUGGAUGCCCUGGCUGUUCUUCAUUUCGCGGGGACUGGUGGGUGCUGGCACCGCCAGUUACUCCACUAUCGCGCCCACCAUCAUCGCUGACCUCUUUGAGAAAGACCGCAGGACGUGCAUGCUUUCACUCUUCUAUAUCUUCAUACCAGUUGGAAGUGGGCUCGGUUACAUCUUGACAUCUGGAAUGGCGUCGGCUACUGGCCACUGGAACUGGGGGUUCAGGGUCACCCCUUGUAUGGGAGCUGUAGGCUUGGCUUUCCUCAUUUUCUUGGUUCCUGAAUCAUCCCGGCAUGGAGCUGCGGAGCCCACAGCUGACAAAGUCAGAGGGGAUUCAACUUGGCUCAAGGACAUUUCUUCGCUUUGCAAAAACUGGAGUUUCUUGUGGUCCUCGCUCGGGGUGACAGCCAUGUCCUUCAUCGUCGGAGCUCUGGGGUUCUGGAUGCCAGUGUUCCUUUCCAGAGCUCAGCUUAUCCAUGAUGCUGUCCCUCCCUGCCAAAAGGAAGGGUCGUGUGAUACCUCCAACAGCCAGAUAUUUGGAGGAAUAACUAUUGCAACUGGCAUCUUUGGAGUCCUAGUUGGAGCAGAAGCUGCCAGACGAUUCAAGAAGACCAACGCAAUGGCUGACCCUCUGAUCUGUGCUGUGGGCUUGCUGGCUUCAUCUCCAUCCAUGUAUCUGGCGAUCAUGCUGGCUCAGGAAAGCAUUAUAGCUACAUAUAUUUUUAUUGCCCUUGGAGAAUUUCUUUUAUCCUUAAACUGGGCCAUUGUGACUGACAUACUGUUGUAUGUCGUGAAACCAACAUGCCAAUCCACCGCACUGUCUGUACAGAUUUUUGUCAGUCAUUUGUUUGGUGAUGCCGGAAGCCCCUAUCUCAUUGGAAUCAUCUCCGGUGAAAUCCAGAAGCGACAGGCAGGAGCUUCUUCCUUCCUCGCGUCCUUCCGGAGCCUGCAGUACAGCUUUGUCUUAUGCUGCUUUGUCGGUGCUCUUGGGGGAGGCUGCUUCCUCCUGACCGCCCUCCGCAUCAAAGAAGAUCGGCUGGAAGCUGAACCCCCACCCCCACCGCCAGUCAAAGGCACAGAAAACAUCAGCUACGUCCGGGAUGAAGGAGAAGUCCAAGGGGAGCUUCCUGUGUCCUAGAGCUGCCUCCUCCCCUUCGCAAACACGCUCUCAUCAGGAAAGAAGAGGCAUGAACAGUUAUCAACGCACCCUCCAUCUGGUGAGGGGCGGGGGAAAGCUUCUGGGACUGACUUUGGAGCGUGACAUUCAAAGUGGGCUGCAAAUCACAUGGCCAGCCGCCAUCACUGUCUCCGAAGCUGCCAAGGAAUCUGGUGGCUCCAGGAGCCAGGAACAUAGCUGAGCUGUUCAAGUGGCAACUUCCUUCAGAAAACAUAACCAGUGGAAGUAAGACAUGCCAGCCUCGCGUCCAAAUUUACGUGGUAUAUGGCAGCUCCUUCUAGGGGUGGGGGCGGUGGGACGUGUUUCAGGAGCCAAGCGCAUGCAUUGCGCAGAGAAGUUUCCAGGUUCAACCCUGGGGGCUUUGAGUUGAGCAGAGCUUGGGUGCAAACGCCUGGGGCAGCCAUUUGCCCAACACCUUGGAGAGAUUAGCAAAGAACCGUAAGGAUCCCUUCUAGCCACUUCCAGUAGAAUUAAUCUCCAACUUGAGAAGCUUAGAAAGUGCCAAGCUAGACGAAUCCUCGGUCCAACUUGUUGGUUUUCCCUUAGACUCCUCACGUUCCAUUGCUGCCCAAAUUUGACAUCGCGUCUCAGCUGCAUUUACAACGUGACAAAACUAUGACCUUUCCUCAUUGCCCCUUUGGCAAAAACUCUUCUGUGAACCCUGGUCCUAUCUUGUAUGGACUAGGGAUGAAUGGCGUCAGUUUCGGUUUCUUGUUUUUUCACCUUUAAGUCCAGUUCCUCACAUUUCUGCAUCAGUUUGUGUGUGUGGUUUUUUUAAUUUUAAAAAGUCCCCGUGAAAUUUUCCCAGCAUUAUAGUUUGCAUUUCUCCCAAUACAUUCCUGCAUGCAGUUUUGACUGAUCUAAACAUUUUUGCAAGCAAGUUCCCCACAGUUUUCCAUGUUAAUUUCAUGAAUCUAUGCCAGGCAUAGGCAAACUCGGCCCUCCAGAUGUUUUGGGACUACAAUUCCCAUCAUC